GGGGGGGGGGGGGUGCGGGGGGGGGGCAUGGAGAAGUAUAUGAGUAUAGAGGCUGUGGAGAAAUUUCAACACCGCCCCCUUCAUUUCAUUGUUGCACAUUGCAACCAUCCGCUUCAGUUUUAACUGUACAUCAGGGUCUUGAGACUGACUGGCUGUGGAGAAGAUUAAUUACAUAGUUGAAGAAACUGAACUGGUAUUUGUUGUUGUUAUUUUAAGAAAUCAUUUUCAACUGUGAAUUAAGAAUAGCCUAGGUGAUGGUGAUGACAAGGAGGAUGAAAACAUACAUUGUACACUUUUAGUUCUUGGCUUUGACCAAGCGAAUGUCACUUUAGUAUUGCGGCCUCUUUGUAAAAAAAAAAUGAAUGUAGUGAACUACAUAAUGCUGGAGUGAAGGAAUGUUCUGACCAAGGAGAACAUGUCGUAGUGUGUUAAGUAUCAUAUCUGCCUGUGCAAACUAUCUGGACAGACGGCAGGCUUCAAACCCACUCGACCCCUACUCACACUCACACUCAGAGCAGAAAGGGGGAUCCACCAUUGGGUGUGUUAUCUGUAUCAUGUUAUCAGACUACAUUUAGUCUCCACUUUUCAGAUCAAACUGUAUUUACUGAGCACCAUGAGAAGUGUUUAGCUCAUGACAAUGUAAACUCAUACAAAUUCAGUAGUUUGUAGGGCCCUCCUACACUCCAUACAUAACCUGGUUUAUUAUCAGAAAAAUGUGCAAAUCCUUUAUGUUGUUUAUUUCCCUUGUACAGAAUGCAAAAUUCCCCUUUUUGAGUUACUUUGCAUGUGUUGUGGGGGAGGGUGUUUGUUUUCUUCCAUGUUAUCCCAAAGAGCAUCCCAUGGACUUCCACAAAUAGCAGAUAUUUUGUGACAUGCAUCUUUAGUUUUAUUUUCUUUCAUUUAGUGUUUAAUAAUAUGUGGAAGUUCUUAUUGUGAAUUCAGAUAACUUGUUUGUUGACAAGAGAAAGUUAUAACUAAAACACAAUGUUUGUUUGAUUUGAACUAUUCAGCUAUUUGUAUUAUCAUAUCCAUUGCAUAUUUUCCUAUUCACAGCUUAUUUUUGUAACCAUUGCAUAUGUAAUCGAAUCAAAACUGAAAUACUUUUUGGACUAAGCUUGCUUGUCUUUCUGUGCCUAAAUCGCGAACGGUUCAAAUAUGGAUUAAUUCUGUAAAUAAUGUAGUUUUUGUAAAAUAUGUAGUAUUAAUACAUUGAGACUAAAUAAACAGCUUCUCUGCAGCUUUAACGAUAAUAAUUGUCCUGGUCUUGAAUCCCCAAUGUCGCCAAAUGUACCUAUUAUGGAAUUCAUUUUGUAAUCCCCAAUUUAGACCAGAAGGGGCGCCAGUUACUUUAGCUCCAUUGAAAAACAUUUGCAUCGCAACACACCGUCAUCUGUACAUCACUAUUAUUUAAAUAGUGCGUUGAAACGUGGGAGGGAGUAGGCGGAAGAUUAUUUAUCCGUAGCCUACAGUUUCUCUCGACAUAUCCGUCCCUGCAGACCAGCUGUGUAAGUCCAUCUUGUGGUUCAUAUCACUGUUACACACCUUAAAUUACUGAUGCCUUUAUUCAUAUUUAGGAUGUUAAUAACAACGUCUGAUUUUGCUUCCGAUUUGUUUAAAGCUUAAGGAUGGUGAAGAGCACAACUAUGCUGUCGUGGACCUUUCCUAGAAAGCUUUUGUGGAUGAGCACAGCCAACUUCUUGUUGUCUGGAUGUUUAGUGUCUGGACAGAAUCUGACAGAAAAAGCGCAUGACUUGAUGUCAAAAUAUCGCCUCAUUGAUGGUCAUAACGACCUCCCUCUCCGCCUGAGGAUACUAUAUGACAACAAACUAAGUCAAAUUGACCUCCUGAACGUCCGCAAAGUGGCCACAGACAUUGGGCGACUCACAGCCGGUCACGUGGGUGGUCAGAUGUUCGCCGCCUAUGUGUUGUGUAAAGCCCAGGGGAUGGAUGCGGUGAGGCUCACCCUGGAGCAGAUAGACGUGAUCCAACGGAUGUGCACCGAGUACCCUGCACUGGAGCUGAUCACAUCAGCCAAAGGACUGAGAGACUCUACCAAGAUUGCCUGUCUGAUCAGUAUUGAGGGAGGCCACUCCAUAGACAGCAGCCUGCCUUCCCUGCGCAUGUACUACCAGCUAGGGGUUCGCUCCAUGGCCCUCACACACACUUGCAACACACCGUGGGCUGAGUCGUCCUCCAUCAUUUAUGAUGUCUAUCAAAGAGUGAAUGACAGUCUAACGCACUUUGGUAAGGCGGUGGUGGAGGAAAUGAAUCGUCUGGGCAUGAUGAUAGACCUGUCGCACAGUUCCUGGGCCACAGCCAAGGCUGCCCUGCAGUUCUCCAAAGCCCCUGUCAUCUUCAGCCACUCUUCAGCCCAUGCCGUGUGCAACCACAGCCGCAAUGUACCUGACGAGCUUCUCCGUUUACUGGAAAAUAAUGCAGGCCUGAUCAUGGUGAACCUUCACACUGAGUUUGUAGCCUGCAGUGACAAAGCAACUCUCUCCAUUGUAGCAGACCACUUUGACCACAUUAAGAAAGUGAUUGGAGUUGCUUCAAUCGGAAUAGGUAGUGACUUUGAUGGUGCACCAACCUUUCCUGUUGGUUUGGAAGACGUGUCCAAGUACCCUGCCCUGAUCCAUGAACUACUGCGUAGGAAUUGGACAGAAUUAGAGCUGAUUGGGGUCCUUCGGAACAAUUUUCUGCGAGUCUUCGAAGCAGUGGAAAAAGUACGGGAUGAGAUGAGAGACACCCGCCCCAGUGAGGUCCAAAUCUCCCUGUCGGAAGUCCAAAACCCUUGCCGUGUGGUCCUGAGACCCCCACAGCCAGGGAUCCUAUAUGAACAGACGCCCUCCUCCCAUAGCCAGUUAAGAUCAUGGAACUGUCCAACAUGGUUCUGCACCACAAUAAUGCUCUUCCUCAGUAUAUUGGACUGAUCUGAUUAACAAUACCACAUCAAUAAGCACUACGCACCUUGUUCAUGUGAUGUCAGUGUGUGUGUCAUUGAAGACACAACACAUUUGGGCUUUUGAGUUGGACUGCAAUUAUGUGUGACUUACAUGAUACAAAUGUUUGAACUUACAUUCAACGUACAUUGCAUUAUAGUGACACAAGCAUGAAACCUUGAUUUGAUCAUUUAUCAUUCGUAUUUACUUUACAUUUAUUUGUAUGUUAAUUUUAAAUGGGCCAACAUUUGAUUACGUGAGGAGACUGAGUGUGACCUUGCUAUGAAGCAUUCUUUUUUUUUUAGCUUUAUAGCAAGCAAAAGCAUCUUUUAAAAAUAUUUUCAAUAUUUUGUUGCACUUGCCAUGACAUUAUUUGAAUCGCAUAUUUUUCUACAUCAUUCUAUUUUCCUGUAAUGUAAUGCACUUUGUGUUUACAAUCUCUUACAUCAUAGAUUUGUUUCCAUAUGAAAAUACAAAUUUCAUUAAGUCUGAAAGUUUUAUGGACUCCUUUCAUACAAAAUUGUUCAGUUAUUCUUCUUGCCUGUUAGGAAGCACUUGCAUGUGUCACUCAUCUGGUGGCCCAGUUCAUAUGCCAGAUAACCAGAAUGACUACUAUAAGUACAAUUCUUCAAUUCUUCAUUUGCAGAUUUAAAAACGUUUCUCUUUUCAACAAUACAAAUAGCUCUCCAGUAAAAAAACAAACAUACUGAAAAUGAUAAACCCCUUGAAUGUGAUCAAUGGCAUCCACAUUUACAAAGUAUUUUCUGCUGAAUGUAUCCCAACUGUAACUCUCAUUAUCUACAAUCUGAAUCUCUUACUUCAUAGGGGAAGGUUGAGAAAAUAAAUAAGAAAAUAAAUAAAAGUUAUUUUCCACAGUUGUAACAUUAAGAAAGGAAUCAUUUGACACUCUACUUAAAUAUGGUCGUAUGGAUCACCAAGAAAAAGGUCUGUGGUCUGUCAAGCUAUCACUGAUUAGAAAGU